CCCCAUUUCUUUUAUACCCCCCGAAAAUCCCAUUUUGCCCUUUGCGGUAUAAAAAAAUUUUGUCAAGAGACUUCGGUUUUUACGAACCGCAGGCCAUGGACUUCGGUUUUUACGAACCGCAGGCCAUGGACUUCGGUUUAUAUAAACCACUCGCUGAAUUACUUCGGUUAAUGUUAACCGAAGUGUUUCUAUAUAUAAAUACUCUGCUGUCAGUUCUUAUUAUUCACAAAACGAGAAUUUGAAAAUCUUACGGAAAGAAGAUCAACUUUUGACGCAUUUGAGGCUUGAAAUCGAGAUUGAAGCAUCAUCUAAUGGAUUCAACACGCACCAAAGCACAAAACUCAGUUACGGAAGGCGAAAUUAACGAAGUUGUCGAAGUUAGGCGACCUGUUGUGCUUGGCCUUUUUGCAACGGGCAUUGUUCCAGCUGGUCAACCAAGAAGUCCUCCUAAUGUGCCGCAGCCGAUAGAAAUUGACACAUCGUCUCAUUUUGCGACUGAUAGGGAAGAGAACGACAGAGAUGAGUUGAUCAAAUGGGCUCGAAGCGUGUCGCAAAGUUUAAGGUUCGCAAUUAUAGUUAGGCGAUCCGAUUCGGGCGAGAAGAGAAAGGCUCAAUUGGUGUUAGAGUGUGAACGUAGUGGGAAGUAUGUUCCAGCCAAGAAGAAGUUGAAAUCCGAUACCUCCGGAACAAGAAAAUGCGAAUGUCCUUUCCGACUCCGUGGGUAUUACAACAAGGCAACAAAACUAUGGCGUUUGACUGUUGUCAACGGUAUGCAUAACCACGAGUUGGACAAAGGGCUUGAAGGGCAUCUCGUGGCGGGGCGUUUGAAACCACAAGAGAAGGAUUUUAUGGACGAGAUGACAAGGAAUGCGGUGGCUCCAAAAAACAUAUUGUCCACAUUAAAGGAGAGAGAUCCGGAAAACAAGACCUCUGCAAAGCAAGUGUACAACGCUCGUCAUAGGUACAGAGUUAAAAUGAGGGCGUCCAUGACUGAGAUGCAACACUUAUGCAAGAAGCUUGAUGAUAACAAGUACUACUACAAGUAUCGGACGGUUGUUGAAAAUGGAGUAGAACAUCUUCAAGAUAUAUUCUUUGCACAUCCGAGGUCCAUAACUUUAUUCAACUCUUUCCAUACUGUGCUGAUGAUGGACUCCACAUACAAAACCAGCAAGUACAAAAUGCCGCUGUUUGAGAUAGUCGGAUUCACUUCGACCGAGAAGACAUUCAACGUUGCUUUUGCCUGGCUCAGUAACGAAAAGGAAGACAACUUUAUAUGGGCUCUGCAACAACUACGUUGUUUGUUAAGGCGUGAGACAAAUUUGCCGAAGGUUAUCUUGACGGAUCGAGAUUUAGCUUUGAUGAAUGCUAUUCCGGCUGUGUUUCCAGAAGCGGCGGCGUUGGUUUGUCGGUUCCAUGUUAAGAAGAAUGUGAGGACCAAGGCAGUCGAGCUGGUCAAGGUGAGGGAUGGGGAAAAGGUCAAGGCGGCGGACAUGAGGGAAAGAGUCUGUUUGGCGUUCGAGGAUGUGUUAGAUUCGUCUACUGAGGCCGAGUAUACUGAAAAUGUUAUGGCUUUUAGGAAGUUAUGUGAGAGGUGGCCAAAAUUUGUUCGAUACGUUGAAGAGACAAUUUUGGACACCGACAAAGAGAAGCUCGUGAGUGCAUGGGUGGACAAGCAUAUGCACAUGGGCAACCAUACGACAAAUAGAGCCGAAAGCGCACACGGUGUUUUGAAAAGUUACUUGACCGACGGUCUCGGUGAUUUGGUGAAGGGUUGGGAAUCGAUCCACAGAAUGUUAGGCAAUCAAUUCACCCAAGUGCAAACUGAAUUUGGCCAGAACAUGUCUGUGUAUGGACACACAUACCGGAAGAAAACACUUUACUCGACUUUGAUGUUUAAAAUCUCUAGACGUGCAAUGAGAUACAUCCACACUGAAUCAAAAAGAGUCGAGUUUACUGGUAUGGAUAGCAUGAAGUGUGGUUGUCUGAUGAGGACUAACUACGGGCUGCCAUGUGCGUGUUUGAUUGCCAAGAAACUGCACCACAAUAGGCCUAUUAGACUCGAUGAGGUUUACAAACAUUGGAAGAUAAUUUGUUUCCAAGAUGAAGAAGUUGGUGGCGACGUCGAGGACGAUUAUGCGUGCACGGCAGAGUGGCAAGCAAUUCAGGAACGAUUGAGGACAGCUGAUGUAAGCAUGAAAAAUGAGAUCCGAGAUCAACUCCGCAAGAUUGCGUAUCCUACAACCACCGAUGUGGAGCCUCCGACCACAAAUGUAAAAUCAAAAGGGGCUAAAAAGAAAAAGGUGGUCCGUGGAACAAGAUCCACCAGCAGAGAUAAGUCUCGAUGGGAGCAUGUUGAAGAAUAUUUCACGGAGACACAAGCGUCGCAAUCGUCAAAGCCGUCUCCGUCAAUUCCGUCCCACUCAAGGCCAUCAUCAUCACAACCUACCGCAUCAAACCCUAUGCCUACGGUGUCUGAAGCUCCGCUCACUGUGUCCAACCCAUUGCCACUAACCUCAUCAUCUCAAAUUUUUGGAAUUAACCACAUGCCAAAAUUCAUGCAUCCCUUCAUUGAAGAUAUCAUCAACGUGGACGGCGACGGCUAUUGUGGUUACCGUGCCGUUGCAUUGGCUCAGAGAGGCAACGAAGAUGAUUUUGAACUGAUACGGUGCAACAUGAGCAGGGAGUUGCGAUUGAAUAAGGAUAUGUAUGUUGCUAUAUUUGGUUGCGAGGAGCGUUACCAAUAUAUCUGUGAUGCACUACUCCCACCCCCGAGGACGAGACAACGUACUAGUAUUAGGAAUAGUGUUGCACCGAUGGAUAAAUGGUUCACGUUGCCGGAUAUGGGACAUAUCGUGGCCACCAUAUUGGAUAGAGUAGUUGUUCAGCUCUCCAUACUUCAAAAUGGGCCUUGUGAAACUUUUUUCCCAUUGCGUUCCAUUCCGUCACCAAACCCGUCUUCAAGGGUUAUUUGCCUUGGCGCGUUACCGGAUCACUAUGUUUUGGUAAAGCUUAAAGUUGGGUGUCCGAUACCCAAAUCAAACAAGUCGUGGAAGCAAUAUUGUGCUAAACAAAGUUUGGGUUGGGAAGAUUCAUUCAUAGCUGCGCAACAUAGGUUCGAGGAGAUGAUGAGCACCGAGAACGUUGUCCCCAUCCAAAUAGUUGGUGCAGGCAGUAGAGAAACUCCGUUGGUGAUUGACUGAUCAUUUGGCCUAUUUUAAUGUAUUUUACGUUGUUAUAUAUUUUGAUGUAAAGAACAUCCAUUUUGUAAUGAUAUGAAUCGAGAUGUAAUGACAUCCAUUUUGUAAUGAAAUAUAUUGAAGUGAUUUGGUGUUGUGUAAUUGUUUGUGUCAAUAUAAUGAUAUUGGUUGAAGUAAUCUUGAUGUUGUGUAAUUGUAUGAAUAAUUUUUCCAAUAUGAAUGUGUCUGGAUGAACAGCAUUAACAGUGGAUUUCGCGUGGAUGUCAUUCCAUGGAAGGUCGUGAGUUACAAUAUCAUUGGUUGUCAUGAAAAUAUAUUUCGGUAACUAUGUACCGGAAUUUACCCAGAUUUCGGUAAAUAUCUGCCGAACCAGCCUAUUUCCAGUGAACAACCGAAAUUUUCGGUAGAUUGGUACCGAAGUAUGCUGUUAUUUCGGCAAAUAGUUACCGAACUAUAAUUUCGGUAAACAUCUGCCGAAUCCUACAUAUUCCAGUGAACCACUGAAAUUUUCGGUAGCUUGGUACCGAAAUAAGGGGGUAUGACAGUCAACUUCGGUGAAUAUUAACCGAACUCAUAAACUUCGGGGAAUGCGAACCGAAAUGUGUUUAAAUUUACAACUGUUUACUGGGGGUAUAAAAGAAAACUGGGGGGUAGAAAAGAUGUAAGCAUAUGCCUGAAAACUUGUUAAAAAUCAUAUAAAUAACUUAAUCGAUACGAACCCGUCAAAUAAUUUAUAUUUGAGAUUACACCGACACUUUUUGUGGUUGAGAUUGGACCGACAAUUUUUAUUUUUAUUUAAUUUUUUUUUUUGUGGUCAAGAUUACACCGACAUUUAGUUGUGGUUAAAAUUACACCGACGAAAUUAUGUGGCCGUAAUUAGAUUGAAUGUAGUAUAAAACCGCCGUAUGUGUAUAGUUGUGAAAAACACGUUUGAACAAUUUCACAAAAUGAGUGCUUCAAAUCGGUCUGUUAAUAACAAUAGGGCGACAUCUCAUGCAUUUUCAGUUAAGUUUCGCGGUAACAACGAGUUGUUCUGCGUUGACCUGUCGAACAAUUUGACGACUAUUCAAGCUCUUAAACGCCAGAUCGAAGUCAUGUAUCGCUUCAAAUACGGCAGACAAAUCAAAAUAGAAAAAAUUGCGUAUUACGAAUCGACAAUCGAUCUGGCCAGUGAUAAUGUCGGUGGAUAUGAUGAGCAACCCCGAAAAUACGAGUGGAAGGAGUUGAAAAAUGAUGACGAUGUGAACGACAUGUUCAAUGGGGUAGAAGUUGAUCCGAAGUAUCCACGUUUGUAUGCUACCUUAGUAGUUACAAACUGAAAUUUGGU